AUGGAAGGAUCUGGAGUCGUUACUGUUUACGGCAACGGCGCCCUCACCGAAACUGCCAAGAAAUCCUCCCCUUUCUCCGUCAAAGUCGGCCUCGCCCAAAUGCUCCGCGGUGGCGUCAUUAUGGACGUCGUCAACGCCGAACAAGCCCGCAUCGCUGAAGAAGCCGGCGCAUGCGCUGUCAUGGCUCUUGAGCGUGUCCCCGCCGACAUCCGCGCCCAAGGCGGCGUCGCUCGUAUGAGCGACCCUCAGCUCAUCAAAGAAAUCAAACAGGCAGUCACUAUCCCUGUCAUGGCCAAAGCCCGUAUCGGUCACUUCGUUGAAGCUCAGAUCCUCGAAGCUAUCGGAAUCGAUUACGUCGAUGAGAGCGAGGUUCUAACCCUAGCUGAUGAAGAUAACCACAUCAACAAACAUAACUUCCGUAUCCCUUUCGUUUGCGGUUGUCGGAACCUCGGGGAAGCUCUCCGUCGUAUCAGAGAGGGAGCUGCCAUGAUUCGUACCAAAGGUGAAGCCGGGACCGGUAACAUCAUUGAAGCUGUUAGACAUGUAAGGUCUGUUCUCGGUGAUAUUAGGGUUCUUGCAAACAUGGAUGACGAUGAGGUUUUCACUUUCUCCAAGAAAAUUGCUGCUCCUUAUGAUCUUGUUAUGCAGACGAAGCAACUCGGGAGGCUUCCAGUUGUUCAGUUUGCCGCCGGUGGUGUUGCUACACCGGCGGAUGCGGCGUUGAUGAUGCAGCUUGGUUGUGAUGGUGUUUUUGUUGGUUCUGGUGUUUUCAAGAGUGGCGACCCUGCGAAACGGGCUCGGGCGAUUGUUCAGGCUGUUACUCAUUACAGUGAUCCUGAGGUUUUGGCUGAGGUUAGUUGUGGAUUGGGUGAAGCUAUGGUUGGGCUUAAUUUGACUGAUCACAAUGUCGAGAGGUUCGCCAAUCGGUCUGAAUGA